GACCUGAACCCCUAAAAGCGGAACCGCCUCCCACCCUCGCGCCAGCCGCCCGCCGGGAGCUGAGUCGCCGGCGGCGGUGGCGGCGGACGGACCCGGGAGUUUCCUCUCGCACUGGAUGGAGCUGAACUUUGGGCGGCCAGAGCAGCGCGGCCGUCCGGGGAUCGCUGUAUGCUGAGCUCCCUCGGCGAGACCCAGCGGCGGCUCCGGAUUUUUGGGGGGGCGGGGACCAGCUGCGCGCCGGCACCAUGUUCCUGGCGACCUUGUACUUCGCGCUGCCGCUCCUGGACUUGCUCCUGUCGGCCGAGGUGAGCGGCGGGGACCGCCUGGACUGUGUGAAAGCCAGCGAUCAGUGCCUGAAGGAGCAGAGCUGCAGCACCAAGUACCGCACGCUGAGGCAGUGCGUCGCGGGCAAGGAGACCAACUUCAGCCUGACAUCGGGCCUGGAGGCCAAGGACGAGUGCCGCAGUGCCAUGGAGGCCCUCAAGCAGAAGUCUCUCUACAACUGCCGCUGCAAGCGGGGUAUGAAGAAGGAGAAGAACUGCCUGCGCAUCUACUGGAGCAUGUACCAGAGCCUGCAGGGAAAUGAUCUGCUUGAAGAUUCCCCUUACGAGCCAGUUAACAGCAGAUUGUCUGAUAUAUUCCGGGUGGUCCCAUUCAUACCAGAUAUGUUCCAGCAAGUGGAGCACGUUCCCAAGGGAAACAACUGCCUGGACGCCGCCAAGGCCUGUAACCUCGACGACACGUGCAAGAAGUACAGGUCCGCCUACAUCACCCCGUGCACCACCAGCAUGUCCAGCGAGGUCUGCAACCGGCGCAAGUGCCACAAGGCCCUGCGGCAGUUCUUCGACAAGGUUCCGGCCAAGCACAGCUACGGGAUGCUCUUCUGCUCCUGCCGGGACAUCGCGUGCACGGAGCGGAGGCGGCAGACCAUUGUGCCCGUGUGCUCCUACGAGGAGAGGGAGAAGCCCAACUGCCUGAAUUUGCAGGACUCCUGCAAGACGAAUUACAUCUGCAGGUCUCGCCUUGCGGACUUUUUUACCAACUGCCAACCCGAGUCAAGGUCUUCCAGCAGCUGUCUAAAGGAAAACUAUGCUGACUGCCUCCUCGCCUACUCAGGGCUUAUUGGUACAGUCAUGACCCCCAACUACAUAGACUCCAGUAGCCUCAGCGUGGCCCCAUGGUGUGACUGCAGCAACAGUGGGAAUGAUAUAGAAGAAUGCUUGAAAUUUUUGAACUUCUUCAAGGACAAUACUUGUCUUAAAAAUGCAAUUCAAGCCUUCGGCAAUGGUUCUGAUGUGACCGUGUGGCAGCCAGCCCUCCCAGUUCAGACCACCACUGCCACCACGACAGCCUUCCGGGCCAAGAACAAGCCCCUGGUGCCAGCAGGCUCUGAGAAUGAAAUCCCCACUCAUGUUUUACCACCUUGUGCAAAUUUGCAGGCACAGAAGCUGAAAUCCAAUAUGUCCGGCAGUACACACCUCUGUCUUUCUGAUCGUGAUUAUGAAAAGAAUGGUCUCGCUGGUCCUUCCAGCCACAUAACCACAAAAUCAAUGGCUGCUCCUUCAAGCUGCGGUCUGAGCCCACUGCUGGUUCUGGUGGUAACCACUCUGUCCACCUUAUUAUCUUUAUCUUUGGCAGAAACAUCGUAGCCGCAUUUAAACAACAAUAUGGACAUGUAAAAAGACAAAAACCAAGCUAUCUGUUUCCUGUCCUCUUGUAUAUCUGAAAUUCCAGUUUUAGGAGCUCAGUUGAGACACUGCAAAAACAGUUCCAUCCAACUGGAA